CGUAACGCAUCAAAUUCCGAAAUUCAAAACUAGAGAGCCACGAGACCUUUUAUCCUCAUCGGGCAUAAGAGGGUCUAAAUUAAUACUUGUGAUAAAAUUUUCAGCUUAAUACCGUGCUUGGUUAGGAAACCAGCGCAGUUUGAAGUUCAGAGUUGUGGCGAUAAUCAUUCGACUAGAUUGCAAAAUGAAAACGUUCUAUAUGCUGAUAUCAUAUGCCAUAAUUAACAGCCACCACAAAACGGUGUCAAAUUGCUGCGCUUUCUGUAAUGUCACUCGGUUUCGCAAUAACUGAGCUCGGUUGACCGUCCGUAAAUAGCAGUCUAUCGAAAGUCUUCAGCGAACUCCACUCGCUCAACCCGUGUAUUAUAAGUUCCUCUCAAGGGACUGUCCACUUUUGGCGCACGUACCUUGAGGAAACAGCGAAAAAGUUAAAAGGAAACUGAGAUAUCUCUAAAACCAAGAAAGACAGACACCAUGCAGACUUUAGGAAAUGACAAAGCCGACAUCCUCAAGAUGACGUGUGUAACGGCUAAACAAAUUGCCAAGGCAUCUGAAGCAACAGUUUUCUUUCUGAUUUUCAUCGGAAUCGUUAUCAACGCUACAGUCUGCGGAGUCAUGCUGAAAAACAAGUGUGUGCUAAAGAACUUGUCAAACUUUUUUGUAUUUCAUCUGUCUGUAGCAGAUUUGAUAUUUCGGUUGUUAACCGUGGGACCCUUGAUAUAUUUGAGCACAGUAUUUAGCGUAGAGGAGGGGACUAUUCCAUGCAAGCUACUACAUUUCUUCUCCUCGGCUUGUGGUGCGGCUUUUUUUGUUUCGCUUCUAGUGAUUUCUGUUGAUGUAUAUCGUGACGCGGCAUACCCUUUAAAAGGUCUCAUGUCACGCCGUACGCCCUUUGUUGUGGUUUUCGUCGUUUGGCUGUACGCUAUUGUCUGUAGUGGACCGUUAAUGUACAGCGCACAGAGUAUCCUCUAUACGCAGAUACCAGAGGCUGAUCAAAAUUUAACAGAGGAGCUAAAAAACUGUAGCGUUCCCAAACUGUGCGAUUUGUAUCGGAAUUGGAGCGGGCAGCUUUCUACUACCCUGUAUUUUCUGCUGGCUUUUACUGUUCCUCUGGUUGUCAUGGUUUUCCUGUUUGUCGUGACGUUCGUUUAUCUCAAGAAAGAUGUAAAAAAUGGUACCAUCAGUAAGGAGACUGCCAACGCGAAGAGAAAAGUCACACGCAUGCUGAGCGCACUUUCUAUGGGCGUGGUCAUCUGUUGGGGCCCUUCUGUAUUCAUCUCCAUGCUUCGAUCCUUUAACGUCCUGGCUGAAGUGCACCCCGAUAUUGUUCUGGUCCUUACAAUCAUCACGGAACUGAUGAAGUUUGUAAAUUCACUUUUCAAUCCAUUAAUUUUUGCUUGUUACAUACCCAAUUUUAGGAAAGAUUGGUUUGGGUUCUGCUCGUGCCGCAGGUGCCGAAAGCAAGAGAUGGAAACUCAGAAUCCCACGAUACAGCGGAUGCCAAUCCAAUCCACGGAAUAUCGUGACAGCCAGACCAUGAUGUGAUGCUCGACUUAGAUCGUGACAGCGUGACAUACACAACUCUGAUAAUUUGGAGAAUGAGUUCAAAUAACGCGAAACUCAACACUUCUGAGUUUAGAAAACUGUUAAAUUUUGACCGUUGUUUAAUUUUUUUAUUUAUUAUUAUUAUUUUUUGCAACUCUUUAAAUAAACAAUUAAUGUUAGGUUUUUAUCGCCUAGAUAAUAUUUUUCGUUUAUUGAUUACGUUUCCGCAGUAGUACAGAAACUAAAAUUGCAAUGUUGAGAAUUAUUUGUCAAUUAAUACUAAACCGUCUCUUAGACGUUCCUGGUAAAGUGCGGCCUAUAAGCUUUCGCCAUAAUUCAGGCUAGAAUUUGAACA